UCCUUCAAGGAAAAAGGCCACUUACAUCAUUAAAGGAUGUUCCUGACUAGUCUCACUCUGGACCAAAGGCCCAAGCGCAACUAUCAAACAAAAAGGUAUUUACGCAAAGCACAGAAGACACAGCAGAGCAGGAGACACAGGGUAAGUGAAACUAGUUUCAGAAAAAAGGACUGGAAGGCAGAGCUUAGCAGUCAGACUAUCACUAUUCAGGAACAAAGUCAUCAUUAUUUUGAGAAUCUUGUCAUAUGGAUGAUAUGUGUAUCUUAAGCUAUUUUUCUUGUUAUGAGAAGCAACAUUUUUUUACAGCAGGUAUUAUGCAGAGCUGAUAUUUUAGCAGUCAGCUUAGACACUAAUGGAAGGGUGGCUUUGGUCUCUGAGCUGCGUGCAGUUUGCAAGCCACCGCAGGGUCCCUGCCGGGCUGGGAGUGGGUGGCCAGGCUGGCCAGGAGUCUGCGUUGGUGCAGGGCUCCUGGGCAGCGGGUGGGAAUGAGCAGGCAGGGUGCGGAGGUGGCAGCCCAGCCCCCCGUGGGAAGGAGCAGGAGGGCCCUUUGGCAGGCACUGCCACCUCCACGUCUUGCUCCCAGCGCCCUGCCUCCCCUCCGCUCUCUGGGUACUUGCUUUCCACCCUGAGGCCCUUGAGGAUGUGGAAAUCGCAGCCUGGGGGAUCACGGCGAUCAGGCAGCCCUGCUCCCCUGGCUGGGGUCUUUGACCCACCAGGGCUGUAUGUUGGUGUCUCUAUACGUAAUGCAUCUCUGGUCUAAAGUGUUACAGAUGUUGUCAUGCAGUGAAACACGAGGAGCACUCCACUUAGAUCUGCUCCUCACCCUGUGUCCUCUCAUCCUCUCCGUGAGACUGUGCUAUGGCAAAACGUCUUCUUCCAGGAGAGGGCAGUGGUGCCCACACGCACACUCCUCCGCUCCCUGCUGUCCUGCUGACUUAGUGGAAAGAUAAUUUUCCUCAUGUCUUACAUGAGCAAAGAAAAGGGCAUUCAUCCUAAGACAACACACAGCCUUGGCUGAAAACCGCAGAGUGUGGUUUUAAGGUACAGUAAUUAAGGGCAGACUGGGAUGCCUUCUCCUUUACUCUUUAACCAUCUCACUUCCCGUAGCACGUGAACAGUCAGGCAGCUUUUUCGCUUUAGGUUCGUGUUUACAUCAGGUUUACCUGGAUGGGCACUGGGUUUGAGUGACAGCCAUUAAGGGUUGAAAGCCUCUAUCAGAAGUGGGAAGGGGAAAGGCAAGUUAGCUUUUUAAGGGAAGUGACUUUUAACUGCAGCCAGGGAAUCCAACAGACACCCCUGGCAAAACAAAAGGUAUUAGUAAACAAAUAUUUCAUCCUGUAAGGACAUGUCUACCCUCAGUGAAAAAGGGUAAGUUUAUGAAACUCAGAAAUCCAGCUUCAGAAACAAGAACUCCUCUUUUCGGUAAAAAAAAUUAAAAAAAAAAAAAAAGAAUCUAGCCCAGGCUUCUGACAGACUUCCCUUGCUGUCGUCUGAAGACAGGGUCACUCACCUAUCCAGAAGCAAGCACCCCCUCCCAGCUGGGUGCCUCUGCCCCGGAGGGCACCUGGAGAGCUGAGGCCAGUCUAGCGUCUCUGAAAGCAGCAGGGCACAUAGUGGGAAGAGGCAGAGUGCAUUUCCCGAGCAGGCCUGCUGGCAUCUCUGCUGUCAGUGCACGAGGUCGGUCUAGUUUUGCUACAAAAGCACAGUAACCUCCUGGAGGGAUGACUCAAAUAUGAGAUGUUAAGCUGGUUAAAUGGUGCUGCCAGUUCCUGCAGAUAAGCUGCCUUUUCUUCUUCAGCCACGCUCAAACGCAGGUAUGGAGGCAAGACUGAUUUUAUUUCUACAGCUUCUGUCUCUGGUACCUGUGGUAGUGAAUGACUGCAGGAAAAUAUACCCAGCAUAACAUCAGUUAACACCUUUCCAAAAGAGCAAGUAAAAUAAAUCCAAGGGGGUUGGUUUCGAAUAAACUGGGAAUAAAAGAGCAGUUUAGCCCUUCAGAUCUGUACCUUAGCCAGUGCUGCAUCCCAUUAGAUUUGUCACACAAACAGGGGGAGAAAGCAGGACCACUCCAUGUAAUGGUAAAGUUUUCAGUCGUUUUGAGAAGCCAAAAGUGGCAAGGUACCUGAUACACAGGUAGUAUUCAUUGCCGUCUUCGUUGCUGAUUCACUGCUGAUCUAAAAUCAGUCAGUGGAAAUACCUCGAAGGCUUCAAAGGGAUUACAAAUCAGGCAUUUUUGCUUUUAGAAGCAGCAGAGUGCAGGGGAGAAGCCAGACUGCUCCACGCGUACUGGGCUACCGAAGGACAGCUCUUGCCUCGGUGUGAGUGGGGCUUUGGCAAUUUGCACCAGCAGUCUGUCCCUCAUGUGGAACUACCUGGUUUUUAGGGACCACAGGACUCGGUAGGAUUUUUUGCGUGUAAGACUCAUUGACAUCAGUGCGAGUUGAACAGUCUAGCCCUCAAUGUGUAAUAUAAUCAGUCAAACAGGGAUCAGAGGCACAAAACACAUGCAAAGUGCUAUGGCAAGAAUAUCUGAAAAGGGACCAGCACCAUUUGAGUUUCAUCUGUCAACAUCUUCCUGAAGACCAAGUGUUAACUAUGUUUCCAUCUUUCCCUGGACCAGAUCCUAGCCCUUCAGACAAAGCUCCCUUUGAGAAAAGAGGAGUGACUUGAUUGUCCAUGUAAGGGCUGCAAAUCAGACACAAUUUACCCCAUCCUUAAGAAGACAUUUGACAUUACCCAACAAAGUCAACUAAUAAUAGUCUUCUUUAGGUUAAGUUAGCCAGGAGGUAUGUUAAAUUUUAUUCAUGUCAGUCUUUCAUAGAAAUAGUAGAAUUCAUAGAAAUUCAUAGAAUUCAUAGAAAUAAUAGAAUAUUAAAUUUGCCAAGUUCAUUCAAUGGCAGAAUUGAGAAAUAGGGUAAGACUGGAUUAAAACCUUAGUUUGUCUUUCUCCUGUAUACAUUAUGAUUUAGUGUUAUCAGUGGUCAUAUGUUUUUUUCAAAUAAUAUGGGAAUGUAUUGUAAAAUAUCUCUAGUCUGUGCCUGAUAUAUCCAUGACAUUUGGUAGUAAGGGGGAUAUUGCACUCAGAGUUCCUGUUUCCGAAAUUCAUGUAAACUAACUUGCUUCACCAUACAACAGAUUGCAGUAUUUGGUCCUUUCAUUGUAGUGAUCAGACCAAUUAUAGUUCACCCAUAAUGGAAAAGGUACAAAGCAAUUGCCCCUACUUCUCAGUCAAAUUUCCCAGAAUCUGUCCUCUUUCUUUCUCUCUCUCUCUCUCUCUAAGAACUGUCACAAUUUAACUUUUAAAUGGAGAUUUUUUUUUAAACAAAAAUACCUGGAAUCUACUAAAAUUGAACAUGACCUUUCUUUCAACCAAGUCUCAUAUGCCAAACUGUAUCGGUUGUACAGUAAGUACUAGAAAGUGCUGGUAACAAAAUCUUAGUAUACAUAAAAGCCCACUAAGUAUGAUAGAUUUGCUAACUGCUGUGUAUACUUGCCAGAUCAUCCAUAAAGGAAAAUACUUCACUUUAUGGCUAGAUUCUCUCCUUAGAAAGUAUGACAAGAAACUUUUGACUAAAACUUUUACUUUUUAAGUCACAUUAUUGUCUAGCCGAGGUUCUGUGAUGACUGGAGAACUAACUAGCGAAACCAUAUCAUCACCAAAGGCAGUGAAACAAAAACUGAGCAACUGAGAGAGCCUUUCUCAGCUGAGAGGUAAAGCAUUAAGUGGAUGAAGAUGGGCCUGGGAGACAGACGCCCCGACAGCGUUUGGGACCGGAGGAGAGUAGUGGAAGGAAGGGAAGCGCCCCGUCCCCACACAGUGUGCACACUACAGGCACAGAGAGUUGUCCUCACGGUUGCCCGUUGACCAAAUGAUGACUGCCAAGACCGUAGACAAAAUUCCAGUGACUCUCAGUGGUUUUGUGCAUCAGCUCUCUGAAAACAUUUACCCCGUGGAUGACAUCUCUACCACACUGCCAACUUCGGUUACAAUCUUCCCCAAUGCCGAUUUAGGAGGACCGUUUGACCAGAUGAGCGGUGUGGCAGGAGAUGGCAUGAUCAACGUGGACAUGGGCGACAAGCGAGCCCUGGACCUGCCCUACGCCGCCAGCUUCGCGCCCAGCGCCCCGGCCUCCCGCAACCAGACCUUCACCUACAUGGGCAAAUUCUCCAUCGACCCGCAGUACCCGGGCGCCGGCUGCUACCCCGAGGGCAUCAUCAACAUCGUGAGCGCGGGGAUCCUGCAGGGGGUCAGCGCGCCCUCCUCCGCCUCCUCCGCCGCCUCCGCCGCCUCCUCCGCCGCCUCCUCGGCCACCGCCGCCUCCGCCGCCUCCGCCGCCUCCCCCAACCCGCUGGCCGGGGCGCUGGGCUGCACCAUGGCGCAGGGCCAGCCGGGCGACCUGGAGCACCUCUACUCGCCGCCGCCGCCGCCCUACUCGGGCUGCGGCGACCUGUACCCGCAGGACCCCUCCUCGGCCUUCCUGCCCGCCGCCGCCGGCGGGGCGCUGCCCUUCCCGCCGCCGCCCUCCUACCCCUCCCCGAAGGCGGCGGCGGCCGACGGCGGGCUCUUCACCAUGAUCCCCGAGUACGGCGGCUUCUUCCCGCCGCCCCAGUGCCAGCGGGAGCUGCACGCCGGCCCCGACCGCAAGCCCUUCCCCUGCCCGCUCGACUCGCUGCGCGUCCCGCCGCCGCUCACGCCGCUCUCCACCAUCCGCAACUUCACCAUGGGGGCGCCGCCGGCCGGCGCCGCGACCGGCACUGCCCCCGGCGGCGGCGGCGGCGGCGGCGAGGGCGCCCGGCUGCCCGCCGGCGCCUACAGCCCGCACCACCUGCCGCUGCGGCCCAUCCUGCGGCCCCGCAAGUACCCGAACCGGCCCAGCAAGACGCCGGUGCACGAGCGGCCCUACCCCUGCCCCGCCGAGGGCUGCGACCGCCGCUUCUCGCGCUCCGACGAGCUCACCCGGCACAUCCGCAUCCACACGGGCCACAAGCCCUUCCAGUGCCGCAUCUGCAUGCGCAACUUCAGCCGCAGCGACCACCUCACCACGCACAUCCGCACGCACACCGGCGAGAAGCCCUUCGCCUGCGACUUCUGCGGCAGGAAGUUCGCCCGCUCCGACGAGAGGAAGCGGCACACCAAGAUCCACCUGCGCCAGAAGGAGCGCAAAGGCGCCGCCGCCGCCGCCUGCCCGCCGCCCGCCGCCGCCGCCGCCGCCGCCGCCCUGGGCCCCUGCGCGGCGCGGACGCGGACGCCCUGACGGCGCGGGGCGCGCAGGACCCAGCGCUGAGGCGCCGCCGCGCAGCGGGCGCGGAGCGCGGAGCACCGCGGGGCCGGGCCGGGCCGCGCCGGCGGUGUACAUAGGGGCUGCGGCGGGAGGACGGUGCAUGCAGAGCCGUCGUGCUGAGGCGUCCGCGGUGCCCGGCGCGGAGCGGAGCCCGGGCCCCUGUCUGCAUGUGGGGGGAGCCCGGCCGAGCCGCCCCGGCCGCGGCGGCGGCACCCGCGCCGCGAAGUUUUCCCUCCCCGGUUUUAGUAUGGCUGUACAUUUCUGCCUAUUAAUAUUGGGAAUUUUUUUUUAGAGACUAUAUUUUUGUACGCACUGGUUUGGGUCUUUUUUUUUCUUUUCGGUGACUUAAAAGUGUUACGUUUGUAGUAGGAUUUCGGACGGGAUGUAAAUGGUCUCGCUGGAACCGGCGCCCGCCGUCCGCCGGGAUGCGGGGCGCGGCGGAUAACACGAGUAAUGCACAACCACUAACGGGAGCUGCGAGGAGAGAGGGUUGCUUUCCGGCCACUCUGUAAAUAAACUUUUCGACGAUAGGUUCGGUGCUUACAAGGUUUAUAAAAGAAGACAAAUAAAUCUCUUAAUUAUGCUAAA